ACUCCUGUUUACUGUUUAUGAAAGAAUGCAAAGAAACUGAUGCAGAAUUAAUGAAAUAGAGUGCCACCAAGCAUGGUUGUCCAGGUGGCAUUUGAUUGAAUAAGCUGAUUUAAAAGAUUUGUCUACAGAACCUAGAUCUAGUACAGAACGUAUUUUGUUUCAGAGAGCGUUUGUUUACUGAAUCACUCAGGGAUUUACAGAAACAAAUAACCGUAAAAAACCAAACGUUUCGUAAAUCUCCGAAGAGUGAACAGCUAACCACGUGACCCGGUCAUAUGACGGUUGUUUUUCAGUGAUGUCUUUGGUUCACGUGAAAGUGACUAUCGUUCCAAUUCCAGUCUAAAAUAUCUUGAUCCGAAGAACAACUUAAUUCGGCACAUUUUGGAAGAGGAAGCUGUAAAGAAUAAAAAGGGCUGGUUGACAUUUUUCUGCAACUCAAGAACUAAAAAAAACCUUCCAGAUUUUGUUAUCUACUGCAACUGAAAUUUGAACGUCACCAUGAAGAUUGUCAUCUUUGCUGUCCUUUUGGCUGUUGCGAGCGCCAAGAAGUUCUCUGUGGAGAAAUCUGGCAACACGUGCGCCAUGCUGGUGCUGAGUGGGAAAGUUGACGCCACGGCCUCCAACGGCACGCAAGACCUGGGCUCGAUGUCCCUGCCGUUCGACAGCGCGACCCUGAUCGCUGACAGCAACUGUACCCUGAUCAAGCUCAACCUGACCAGCUCGGUGGAGGUGUGGUUCCAGCUGGAUGGGGCCACCGCCGGGGCUCAGCAGAUCCAACCCAUCGCUAAGUUCACACCCGUCGACGUGUUCCCCAAGGUCAACGAGACAGCGGACGUGGUGUUCACGGCGGACGCGUUCGGCUCGUUCAGUACCAACCAGUCGUUCCUGUGCAAGGCCUCGGUGGACCACGCCUUCACCACGCAGCAGGUCACGCCCGUCAACUUCACGCUGCAAGCCACCACGGACCAGCUGCAGAUCCAGUUUGGCAACAUCGUCAACGGAAGCUUCAGCUCCGACACGUCGGAGUGUGACCAGGACAAGACCUCCACGCCCCAGCCCACCAGCACCGCUGCCCCCACCACCGUCCUGCCCCCCCAGCAAGACAUCAGCCUCAACGUAACCAACGGCAACGUAACUUGUAUCCUGAUGAAGGGAUUCUUCACCAUCUCCGUCACCUUUGAGGACACUGUCGCGGGAAAGAAGGUGAACCGCACGGGGGACCUAAACAUCCCCGCAGACGCUGUGGCCUCAGGGAACUGCACGCUCAAUGCCACGGUGGAGUCGAUGCAGAUCCUGUUUGGCAACGGCUGGGAGCUGGACUUCCUGUUCUCCAAGGAUGUCAGCAGUUCAGACGACACGUCAGUCUCCAUCUCGGAGAUCAGCGUCACCUACAACACAGCUGCAUUCAAGGCCGCCUCCCCAGUGACCAAGAAUGUGACAAUGGAGAAGAAAGGAGGCUUCCUGAAGACCAACCUGGGCGGCUACUACCAGUGUAACGCCAACUCCACCUGCAUCGACGAGAGCGGGGUGAAACUGACCACAACCGACUUCAAGUACCAGGCCUUCAGAACCAAAAGUGAUGGAAAUUUCUAUGGAUCCAUUGCCGAGUGCCCGGCGGAUGAAGAGACGAGCAGCGUGGUGCCCAUCGCUGUCGGAGCGGCCCUGGCCGGUCUGGUGCUCAUCGUGCUCAUCGCAUACCUGAUUGGACGUCGCCGUUCCCGCAAGUCGGGCUACGAGUCGGUGUAAAGGCGCCGUGUUGUGUUGUUGGCCGUCGUCGCGCGCACAUCGGGGGUCCUGGCCAGUUGCAGCAGCUGCUGCGACGUGGAGACGGUGACCUUGAGACAGCGACCUUGAAACACCAGUUGGGGAUAACAAUCUGGACGGCGCGUAGUUCACCACAACAGUAUCUUAUCUACUCUACAUUUCUGCACCAUCUCUUUUUUCCCCAGUCCUGCUCGCAGGUGCAUGAUGAUCUAAGUUUUUGUUUGAUUUUUUUGGGUUUUUUUUUUAGUUUACUGGGCACUUCUUCUUGUAUUCGUUUCUCUUCUGGUUUUGUCUGUUUCACCAACACCCUUCUCUGCCACCUGGAACAGAAUACGUUACUUGAGAAAAGAAUUUGCGGUUGCAGUUUACAGAACAACGGAAAUUACUAUAAUGAUUAAAAGCUUCCCUUUUUUUUUUUUUUAAGAUGACUUAUAUAAAUAUACGUAAUUUGCAAUCUGCCCCAACCACCAUUACUUCUUAUCGCGGAACAAAAUAAGAAAAAAUAAAAAGGGUGUGGAUUUAUAUUUGCAAACUGUGAAACUCAGCUAGGACAUAGCCGAUGUUUGCUGGCUCUCAUUUGGUGGCACAACUGCUACGUGGAAUCGGUACAACAAAAGAUAGUUUAGGUACCAUUGGAUUCUUUAUCACAACUUACCUUGAAAUUUAUUGAAGUAAGAGCUGACAUUUCGUGUUUUUGUUUUCUUGUUUUGUUGGGGUUAUUUUGUAAUUUAAAUUACUUUAUUUUUAAUUUUUUUAAAUUGAAGUUCCCUGUGUGCAAAAUGUCUGCCAGGGAUUGUGCAAGAUUCAUCUCAUGUAAUGAAUACUUAGUUAUAGUUUGUUAUGUGUAUGAUGCGGACAUUGAUAUUUUUGUCAUUUUUUCAUCCUUUUUCUGAACAUUGUGAUUGUGUUUUCGCAUUAUUGAAUGUUAUUGUUUGUUUUGGGUUUUUUUUGGUGUUUUUUUUUUUCUUUCUUUCCAAGCCUCCAUUCCUUUCCCAGCAUAAAGUGUUAAUGCAACAAGUACAAUCUAUCAGUAGCACAACUUCUUUCCCCUCCGUGUGUCUGGUUACAAACUUUUUUGUCUCGACUUAUUUCGUUUUGAGUAAGUAAACUGUGGAUAUUCUUUUUUUUUUUCUUUUCUUCUUUUCCCCCAUAUAUCUUUUCUUACUCUCACUAUUUCUUGUUCAUUUGAUCGAGAAAUGUUCUGUUCUCUCCUGUCGUUAUAGUCAUGAGGUUGUCGAUGGACUGCUUGGUUUUCUGGGGUUAUUUGUUGUGUGUGUGUGUGAGGAUUUUAUUCCACUCAUUAUUGAUCAAUUUAUCGUGAUGUGUGUGUGUGCGUGUGAAUUUUGUUCCAGCCGUCACAGGUCAGUGUACCGUGAUGUAUGUCCGUGUGUGUGUGUGUGUCUGGCGAUGUGAUAACUGUGGUGCCAUGUCACAGACCAGUCUGCUGAUUCGUUGUCGUUGUAUUUUUCCCCCCCGGACAUCACCAGCUACUGGUCAACACAAAUUCAUGUCUUUUUUUUUUUAGCCAAACUUUUGUCCUUUUCUUUUUUCUAUCUUGUUUUCUUAAGUUUUUGGGUUUUUAAAAAUUUUUGUGGUGUGCUUUUAUCUAGAGGUUUUGAUGACUUUUUCAAAUUUCGGUGCUGACCUUUUCGAAAAAUGAAGAGUGUUGACUGACGUUUCUUUGUUGAUCAAAAUAAGCUGGUUCGCUGAGAUUUAUUUUGCUAUCUUUUGUGAUGCAGAGCCUUUUGUUUUCUCUAAAAUUGAUCCUUACUGUGAAGGAGGACCAGAAUUUUUAGUAUCGAGUGGAUUUUUUAUUAGUGCUAUUUACAGAAUAAUUGAAGUCUUUGAGUCUCCAUUCAAAGACUGUAAUGGUUUUUCCAUUGUCCAGAUAUAUGUAUGGCUUGUGUUUUAUGUACAAAGUUUGUGCGUGUUGUGUGGUGAUGAAGUGUGCACUGAAUACAUUACGAAAAGGGUGAGGACAUUUUUUUCUGUUGUUUUUGUGCCAAGAGGUAAAAAUAUAAAUGUCUGUGUUGACUACCUGUUGUCUGUGAAGUAGCGAGCUAGUGAGUGUGUGGUUGUACUGUGGUAGCCACUGUCUUCUCUGUAUGUGACUGCACGCCGGGAGAGAUGUACUUAGAUCUAUGUUUGUCUUGUUUCUUCCUGUCCUUUCUCUCUCUUACUCUCUUUCUCUCCCACGCACACAACCUUUUCUCUCUCUCUCUCUCCCUGCCACACACACACAACCUUUUUACCAACAUCCAGUAACAUUCGGACGUGCUGGAAGAGGGCGCUGUUAGAUCAAGACCUAGAGGGAAAUUUGUGAAAGCCUGCAAGCGGUUUUUGUUUUUUUUGGUAAGUUUUUUACGGUGCUUGCAACUGCAUACGGUCAUAUGAGCGCGCUCUGCUAGAUCUAUGUGAGUUAGAUUUUGUUGGGGGUUUUUUUGUGGAGAAAAAAAAAUUUGUCUUUAAUUAAUUUUUAAAAUAUAAAUAUAUAGUGUAUGGUAGUGUGGGAGAGUAUUUCUCCCCUUUUCUUGGAAUACCGGACUUUGGUGAGGACCGCUCGGUAAGGUUUAAAGGGUUAAGUUAAACAAUGCUGUUUCCUCUCAUGUCCUUCAUCUACGUCCAGUUUGAGCAUAUCCACUUUUGUGUGUGGCUCUGUGAGAUCAGCUGUUUUUGUGUGUGUGGAUGUGUCUAUGUGUAGUCUGUAGUGUGUGUGAAUGUGCCAGUGUGUAGUGUGGAUGCUGGUGUGCAAGGCUUUUCUAUUUAUAUAUAUUUUGCACAGAAUCAUUCGUCUUGUUGAAUAAAUCGUGCUUGAAAGUUACG